GGCCUUUCUCAUUCAUCGGCAAUGGCGAAAGCAAUCCCUGGUAAAGACAAUAGCGUUGAUUGGUUUUUUCAGCGAGGGUAUUUAAUAUUUAGUUUGCAAAGUGCAUUUCCUUAGCAAAACAGAUUUUUUUUCCAAAAUUGGAAAAAAAAUUCAAGCUUUUUAAUUCCUCAUACAAAACGAGGGAAGCAAGUAGUAGAGAGUACAGGAAGAAGAAGAAGAAGAAGAAGAAGAAGAAGAAGAAGAGGACAUGGGUUGUUGCUAUUCGAAUCUUGAGAACAAGGAAGUAGUCUCGCGUUGCAAAGCGCGGCGGCGCUACAUGCGUGAACUCUCAGAGGGACGAGAAGCUUUCGCCACUGCUCACUCUCUGUACCUCCAUUUCCUCCGCUCAACAGGCGCUGCACUUCUUCAGUUCGCCAAUGCUGAAGCCCAGCUCCAUGUCGUUUCUCCCUCGCUGCGGCUACCUUCUCCUCCUCCUCCUCCUCCUCCUCCUCCUCCCCUAAAGCCCAUCUCCGACAACUGGACUUCAUCAGUCACUGCCUCUCCUAUCCUCCCUCCCCCACCUCCUCCUCCUCCCCCUCCCCCUUCCUUCGCGUGGGACUUCUGGGACCCUUUUGCUCCCGCCUCCUCCUCCCAUUCCGUCACCGAAGAACUUUGGGAGGAGGCAGCGACUACCAUCUCGGAGGUCAACACCGCUCCGGCGACGACUCCGCCACCUUCCUUCAUCAGUGGAUUCUCAAAGGAUUCCACCGUCAAGCUUGCGGUGGUGGCUGUACCAAGGGGGAAAAAGUAUUUCUCCGAAAUAGUUCAGGAGCUAGAUGAGUACUUUGUUAAAGCCUCUGAGACCGGGAGGAGGGUUUCCAUUGUUUUGGAAGCUCCAAGUUGCGGUUUUGCGCUUUCCAAUCAAGGAUAUUCAAGAAAAAUGUCUAGCUAUUGCAAAAGCUUUAGUCCGUUGAUCUGUUCCUGGAGCUCCAGUACAAGGACCUUAGCUUUAACUAGUUCUAGCGAUUCCAGGGAGGAGAUGAGUAGAGUACGCCAUUCUUGUACAAUUGAGAAGCUUUAUGCUUGGGAGAAGAAGCUUUAUCUUGAGGUGAAGAAUUCUGAGAGAACUAGGCUGGAGAAAGAGAAGAGACUGAGUUUAUUGAGAAGGCAAGAGGCAAAAGGUGUGGAUUACUUCAAGGUUCUGAAGAACAAGAGAGAGAUUGGGAGGCUGGAGUCCAAGUUGAUGGUUUAUUGUCAAGCUAUUGAGACCACGUCCAGUGAGAUUAUUAGGCUUAGAGAGGUGGAGCUCUUUCCUCAGCUUCUCGAUCUUGUCAACGGCUUAAUGUGCAUGUGGAGAGGCAUGUAUGAAUGUCAUCAGGUUCAAACUCACAUUGUGCAGCAAUUACAGUACCUAAAUAACCCAUCAAGCACCAGUCCCUCUCCCACCUCUGAACUCCACAGGCAGGCCACCCUUCAACUUGAAGCAGAACUCGAAAACUGGUACUCCGCCUUCUGCAACCUCAUAAAAUCCCAGAGAGACUACAUUCACGCAAUCACGGGCUGGCUUCACCUCGCUCUUUUUCAAUGUCCGCAUAACCAACUCGACAGAAAUCAUCAAAACUCAGAAAUACAAGCUCUCUGCGAGGAGUGGCAGCUCGCCCUCAAUAGGGUUCCUGACAAGGUUGCAUCCGAGGGGAUAAAAAGCUUCGUAAGCGUUAUUCACGCUAUUGUCACACAGCAAGCCGAGGAGCGCAGGCAGAAAAAGAGAUCAGAUUCUGCAAUUAAAGAACUCGAGAAGGGAUCGAAAGUGCUCAGAUCAUUGGAGAGCAAAUAUGGGCCUUGCUCAUCUGAAGGUUAUGGAGACAAUGCUAGCAGAACGCCUGUUAUGGAGAAGAAAGCGAAAGUGGAUGCUUUGAAAACAAAGGCAGAGGAAGAGAAGACCAAGUAUGAGAAGAAUUCUGGAAUCACAAGGGUGAUGACACUGAACAAUCUCCAGACUGGAUUGCCCAAUGUCUUCCAGGCAAUGACUGGGUUCUCGAGCGUGUGCGCACAAGCAUUUAGUGCGGUUUAUAACCAUCAGAGGAGCUCAAACAUUUCCCUUAAUUACAAUAAGUUGCUAACUUAAUACAAAACAGAAGGAAAAUGUGUAUUUCAUGUUUUAAAAGUACAUAUUUUAGUGUAGAUUGUGAUUUUAAAUUGUU